CCUGAACGCUGAGCGUCCAGACGCGCGGGGAGGGAAACCCUGAGUUUAAUUACACUUCUUUAAGUAAAACUUGUGCGUCUACUGCCCAUGUAAUCUAUUCGUCAUUCUCUGGUUGAUCUUUUUUCGUCAUCCUGCUGACGGGCUGAGUUUGGAUUGUGGCAGAGGGGCGGGAGGAGGAAGCAGAGGAGCGUUGAGCGGCUCUCUGAUGGAGCACCGGGGCUCCUGGCGCUCAGGGCGCACGGCGAACCCGGAGUGAGUGAGGCUGGUGGAUGGACGCUGCCCACCGGUUGCGGCUGUUCACGGCGCUGCCAUGACGGGCACCCAGGAGCCAGACCUGCACGAGCAGCAUGAAGGACCCACACAGGAGGCAGAGGAUGAGGAGGAUGAUGGUGAGAAGGUACGAGUGUCAGUUGAGGAAGAAGAGUUGGAGAACAAAGGGGAAGGAGGGGAGGAGAAGGAAAGGGAGGAGCUGCCGUACCCAACCCUAGCACCAGUAGUUCUGUUGGCUCUGACCCAAACCAGCCCUCCCCGCUCCUGGUGCCUUCGUGUUGUCUGCCACCCAUGGUUUGAGAGAGUGAGCAUUCUGGCCAUCCUGCUGAACUGUGUGACUCUGGGGAUGUUCCAGCCUUGCGGCCACACCCCAAGCUUUCUGCAGACCCUGGACGACGGUAUCUUUGCUUUUUUUGCUGGGGAAAUGGUGGUAAAGAUGGUUGCUCUCGGGGUCAUAGGUCAGAAAGGUUAUCUAGGUGACACAUGGAACAGAUUGGACUUCUUCAUUGUUAUUGUGGGAAUGCUGGAGUACUCACUGGACGGACACAAUGUCAGCCUAUCAGCUAUCAGGACUGUUCGGGUUCUCCGCCCUCUACGAGCUAUCAACAGAGUUCCCAGUAUGCGCAUCCUGGUGACCCUCCUCCUGGACACGCUUCCAAUGUUGGGCAAUGUGUUGGCGCUCUGCUUCUUUGUUUUCUUCAUCUUUGGCAUCGUGGGUGUUCAGCUGUGGGCGGGGCUACUGAGGAACCGCUGUUUCAUGGGAGACGAUUUCAGAAUGAGGUACAACAUCAGCUUCCUGAAUGGUUACUAUCGGCCUGAUGGCACAGAUGAUCAUCCGUUCAUCUGCUCAAUGGAGAGGGAAAAUGGGAUGCUUCGGUGCUCUGAUGUGCCUCGUCGUCGUGUGGGCCGGACCUACUGCUCUCUGAGUGCGGAAGAUGCCCAUUCUGAGACGGGACUCACUGUAGAUGGGCCAGUGUCGUGUGUGAAUUGGUACCAGUACUACAACGAGUGCCGAGCUGGGGAAAUAAACCCGCAUAAAGGAGCUAUUAACUUUGAUAAUAUCGGAUAUGCAUGGAUUGCUAUAUUUCAGGUUAUUACCCUGGAGGGUUGGGUAGAUAUCAUGUACUACGUCAUGGAUGCACACUCAUUCUACAACUUCAUUUACUUCAUCUUUCUCAUCAUUGUGGGUUCCUUCUUUAUGAUCAAUCUGUGCCUGGUCGUCAUUGCCACCCAGUUUUCUGAAACUAAGCAGAGAGAACAUGCCUUAAUGAAAUCAGAGGAGCGAGCCCGGCAGCUCCACCAAUCAGCUUCCACGCUGGCAAGCGACAGUCAGCCCGGGAGCUGCUACGAGGAGAUCAUCCGAUAUCUGGCCCACUUGGGUCGUAAAGCAUGGCGACGGCUCUGCCGCUGGAUUGCUCUCUCCCGUUCGCAUCUCCGCUGCACAUGCAUCUGCCGGAAAGGAAGCGGGCCAGCUCGAGGGGGCGGAGCAGGGGAAAUGAACGGACUUGCCAACCGGCAUUCUGGUCACGCCCCCAAUGACUUACUACACCUUCAUCAAGUUUAUCAUCUGCACCACCAGCAGCAUCACUAUCCACAGCAGCAGCAUCAGCCUCAAUCUGCGCUGGCCGUCAGUAAUGGAGGAAACGGGUUCAAUUAUCCCUUCAUAUCACCGCUCCUCAGUCACCUGGAUGAUAAGGACCAGGACCAGAAGAGGGUGGUUGCCAUGGAGACCAUUAACAGACUGCCACAGCUGGUGCUGGAGCACAGUGGGUCUGCUGGGCGUCCCUCUUUACCUCUGCCAGGUGAAGCCCCUGGAGAUUCAUUGGUAUGUCCAUACUGUGUCUACUACAACCAACUCAGCGAACAUCCAAAUGAGCAGCUAGAGGACCAGCACCAUGGAAUCCCAUGCAACAGCGACAGCCCGUGUCACAGCGACAGCGUCUGUCAUGGUGAUCCACAGCAAUCUGAGCCAAAAAAAAGACUCUGGCACUGCUGUUGGCUCAGACUCAAAAACAAGCUGGAACUUAUCGUCGGCAGCAGAUACUUCAGCAGAGGAAUCAUGAUUGCCAUCCUCAUUAACACUCUGUCGAUGGGUAUAGAGUACCACGAGCAGCCCCAGGAGCUUACAGAUGUUUUGGAGAUAAGUAACAUGGUGUUCACCAGCCUCUUCAGUUUAGAGAUGCUGCUGAAGAUGCUGGCUCUUGGGCUCUUUGGCUAUAUCAAGAACCCUUACAACGGCUUUGACAGCAUCAUUGUCAUUAUCAGUGUGUGGGAGAUUGUGGGUGAGGCUGAGGGAGGCCUGUCAGUGCUCCGUACGUUUCGCUUGCUGAGAGUUUUGAAGCUGGUGCGCUUCCUACCUGCUCUGAGAAGACAGCUAGUGGUGCUCAUGAAGACCAUGGACAAUGUGGCCACAUUCUGCAUGCUGUUAAUGCUCUUCAUUUUCAUAUUCAGCAUUUUGGGGAUGCAUCUGUUUGGCUGCAAGUUUGGUCUGCGUCAAGAAAGUGGAGAAACUUUGGCAGACAGGAAAAACUUUGAUUCCCUGCUUUGGGCGACUGUUACAGUGUUUCAGAUCCUCACCCAGGAGGACUGGAACGCUGUGCUCUACAACGGGAUGGCCUCCACAUCUCCGCUGGCUGCCCUCUACUUCGUGGCCCUCAUGACGUUCGGAAACUAUGUCCUCUUCAACCUGCUUGUUGCCAUUUUAGUUGAGGGUUUUCAGGCUGAAGGAGAUGCCAACAGAUCUGAGGCUGAUGACGAGAGGCAGUCACUGAGCUGUCAGGAUGAGGAGAAGCUCAGAGAGCUGUACGCUGCAGAGCUAAAGAUCCAGGCCAUGAUGCUGACCCCCAAUGGUGUCCUGAACCCCAAAGCUUCUAUGCCUCACCCCGCUCCUCCCCUGCUGCCAGUCAUCACACAUACGGCAGCCACACCUAUCAUAAACUCCAACCAGUCCCGCAGGCCAAGCGGCGUUUCCAUGGAUGUGAACAGUUUGGAGCACAGAGGACUGGUGAGGCUGGACAUGUCUCAUGUGUCACGUUCUACAGAUAAACUCAGGUUUCCUCUGUGGGACAGUGGCCCAGAGAGCCGUCGCUCCAGCUGGAGCAUCAGCCGUGCACCCAGCCUGCACCGGAGAAGCCAGUCAGGGGAGAUGGAGUCCCUCCUGUCCGACAUGCAUGCAUGCUCCAUCCCCAGCAGCAGAGAGCAGUCCUUGGACCAGUCGGACCACCUACAGGUGCCCAUGCUUUUCUCUCCGGACUGCAAUGGCACAACCUUUCACCUUCCGGAUCUUGGCUACGAUGAAGCCACGUCACAUUACCCCAGAGAUCAGGAAGAGGAAGAGAUUGAAGAGAGUUUAUGUCAGAGGCUGAAAAAGUUGCUGGAGCCAUAUGAGCCUCAGUGGUGCCGAGAACAUGAAGAGUGGUCGCUGUAUCUGUUUGCUCCACAUAAUGAGUUCAGGAUGUGGUGUCAGAGGGUCAUCAGUCACAAGAUUUUCGAUCACGUCGUCCUGCUUUUUAUAUUUCUGAACUGCAUCACCAUAGCACUGGAAAGGCCUGAUAUUCAUCCUAAGAGCAUGGAGCGAGUGUUUCUCAGCGUGUCCAAUUACAUCUUUACCGUCAUCUUUGUGGGCGAGAUGAUGAUCAAGGUUGUAGCAAUGGGCCUGUACUUUGGAGAAGGUGUGUACCUGCAGAGCAGCUGGAACAUAUUGGAUGGCGUGUUAGUGUUUGUGUCCAUGGUGGACAUCUUGGUCUCCAUCGCAUCAGCGGGUGGUAAUCGAAUCCUGGGCAUGCUGCGAGUCCUUCGCCUUCUUCGCACCCUGCGGCCACUAAGGGUGAUAAGUCGGGCUCCAGGUCUAAAACUGGUUGUAGAGACCCUGAUCACAUCUCUCAGACCAAUCGGAAAUAUUGUUCUCAUCUGCUGCGCAUUUUUCAUCGUGUUUGGGAUUUUAGGAGUGCAGCUUUUUAAAGGCAAAUUUUUCUACUGCGACGGGCUAAAUGUCAGCAACAUCACAAACAAAACCGAGUGUCUGCAGGCAGGUUAUCGCUGGAUUCGGCGGAAAUACAACUUUGACAACCUCGGACAGGCUCUGAUGUCACUCUUUGUGCUGUCCUGUAAGGACGGCUGGGUGAGCAUCAUGUACGACGGCCUGGACGCUGUUGGGGUGGACCAGCAGCCCAAAAGAAACAACAACCCUUGGAUGCUGCUGUUCUUCAUCUCUUUCCUCCUCAUUGUCAGCUUUUUCGUGCUCAACAUGUUCGUGGGCGUGGUGGUGGAAAACUUUCACAAGUGUCGCCAGCAGCAGGAGGAGGAAGAGGCUAGGCUGAGGGAGGAGAAGAGACAGAAGCGGCUGGAGAAAAGGAGGAGAAGGGCCCUAGAGAAGCCAUAUUACGCCGACUACUCCCCGCUGCGCCGAUCUAUACACACAGUGUGCACCAGCCACUACCUGGAUCUCUUCAUCACCAUCAUCAUCUUCACAAACCUUCUCACCAUGAGCAUGGAGCACUACAACCAGCCUAAGUACCUGGAAGAGAUACUGAAGUAUUGCAAUUACGUCUUCACUCUGGUUUUCGUGAUUGAGGCGAUUCUGAAACUCAUCGCCUUUGGCCUGCGACGAUUUUUCAAAGAGAGAUGGAACCAGUUGGACCUAGCUAUUGUGUUGCUGUCCAUAAUGGGAAUCACGCUGGAGGAAAUAGACCUGAGUGCUUCCCUCCCCAUCAAUCCCACAAUUAUACGGAUCAUGAGGGUCCUCAGAAUAACAAGAGUGCUGAAGCUGUUGAAGAUGGCCACAGGGAUGAGAGCUCUGUUGGACACCGUGAUGCAAGCUCUGCCUCAGGUGGGGAAUCUGGGUCUGCUCUUCAUGUUGCUGUUCUUCAUCUAUGCAGCUCUGGGAGUUGAGCUCUUUGGAAAACUGGAGUGUUCAGACGAGAACCCUUGUGAGGGUCUUAGUCGGCACGCCACCUUCGACAACUUUGGCAUGGCUUUCCUCACGCUCUUCCGGGUGUCCACCGGAGACAACUGGAAUGGGAUUAUGAAGGACACGCUGAGAGAUUGCCGCCCGAAUGACCGUCACUGCCUCAGCUACCUGCCCUUGAUCUCCCCUGUCUACUUUGUCACUUUCGUCCUCACGGCACAGUUCGUGCUGGUCAACGUGGUCGUCGCCGUUCUGAUGAAGCACCUGGAGGAAAGCAACAAGGAGGCGCAGCUGGAGGAGAUGGAGGAGAGGAAGGAGAUGGAGGAGAAGAAGGAGAUGGAAGAGAGAAGGGAGAGGGAGAGGGAGGAGGCGACCCGCCGUCUCAGCUGCAUGUCGGUAGGUGGAGACCUAGAGAUGAACGUGGAGCCACCUGUUCAGGUGCAACUGGAAAACGAGGACUGUUCCCAUGGAAACCUGCGGAGGAUGGGACGCAUGCUGUCUCUCCCCAGCGACAACUAUGUCCCACCUCUCAGAUACUCCUCUUACGCCCCCAUUGGCCUCGAGGCCGUUUGUGGCUACAGCUACUCAGGCUCCAUGUCUUCUCUGGGUUCCAGUGGAGGCAGCUCUCUGCUGCAGGUUCCAGGAGCUCUUCCUGCAAUCAGCCAUGCCUCUCUAGGAUCCGGACGUAGCUCCAAGCCCAUAAUCUGGCUCAGCACCUCUCAGACCACUGACAAGCAAUCACUACACAGACUCAGUCCAGCUGACAGCAUGGAGGGAUACAGGCUCAGUUCAGCUUACCGGACAAACAGGCACAGACUGAGCUCAGCUCACAGUAUAGAUGGCUACAGAUUCAGCCCUACCCAUAGAAUAAAAAGACACAGACUCAGCUCCACUCGCAGUAUGGAUGGAUAUAGGCUGAACCCAGAUCCCAACACAGACCGGCCAAAGCUCCUGUCCAGCCACAGUAUAGACAGAUAUCCAUCUGUCAGGCUGAGUCCUACAGAUGCUGAGAGAAGACGUUCAUGCUGGCUCAGUCCUGAGGAGAGUUUGGACAGAAACAAGCUCAGUCCCACCUACGUUCCAGAGAGUUCGGUCCUAAAGCGACCAGCAUCCUUCCGCUCUGCAGGCAGACAGCUAAGAAGACAGGGUAGAAGUAGUGCAGACACAGUUAAGUGUAAUAUAUGUGCCUGCAGCUUUGCAGAGUUAGCAGGUCCCCUGUUGUCUGAACUUUGA